CCGUGACAUUGACAAGUAUAAACAUCUUUUGAUACAACAGGUACGUGGUAAAACAUCUCACGUUACAAGAACCCUUUUCGAGAUUUUUUUAUAUAUAAUAUUCACAAUCAUUUGAUCCGAACCUCCAAAUAAUAAGAUCAUGGACCAGCCUCACGCGGUUCUAGUUGCUAGCCCUGGCUUGGGUCACCUCAUCCCUAUCCUCGAGCUUGGAAACUGUCUCUCCUCCGUCCUAAACGUCCAAGUCACAAUUCUCGCCGUCACCUCCGGCUCCUCUUCAUCGACAGAAACCGAAGCUAUACGUGCAGCCGCUGCUAGAACGGCCUGUAAAAUUACAGAACUUCCCUCGAUGGAUAUAGACAACCUCGCGGAGCCAGAUGCGACGGUGUUCACUAAAAUCAGGGUGAAGGUACGAGCCAUGAAGUCUGCGGUUCGAGAUGCCGUGGAAUCAAUGAAGCCAAAACCAACGGUCAUGAUCGUUGACUUUUUCGGUACGGGGUUGAUGUCCGUAGCCGAUGAUUUAGGCCUGACGGCUAAGUACGUGUACGUUCCUUCGCACGCCUGGUUCUUGGCAGUGAUGGUGUACUUGCCGGUGUGGGAUACGACAGUGGAAGGUGAGUAUGUUGAAAUUAAGGAGCCUUUGAAGAUACCGGGUUGUAAACCGAUGGGACGAAAGGAGCUGAUGGAACCGAUGUUAGACCGGUCGGACCAGCAAUAUAAAGAGUGUGUACGAGCUGGCUUAGAGGUACCUAUGAGCGAUGGCGUUUUGGUUAAUACUUGGGAGGAGUUACAAGGUAACACUCUCGCUGCGCUUAGAGAAGAUGAAGAAUUGAGCCGACUCAUGAAAGUACCGGUUUAUCCUAUUGGGCCUACUGUUAGGACUAAGGAGCAAGUAGGGAAACCCAAUAGUAUCUUCGAGUGGCUAGACAAACAACGGGAAAGGUCAGUAGUGUAUGUGUGUUUAGGGAGUGGUGGAACGCUGUCGUUUGAGCAAACGAUGGAACUCGCUUGGGGUUUAGAGUUAAGUGGUCAAAGGUUCCUAUGGAUUCUACGUAGGCCCGCUUCUUACCUCGGGUCCAGUUCGAUCGAUGAUGAUCAGGUGAUUGCUAGUCUACCUGAUGGUUUCUUGGACCGCACAUGUGGUGUGGGGCUUGUGGUUACGCAAUGGGCACCACAAGUUGAGAUAUUGAGCCAUAAAUCGAUCGGUGGGUUCUUGUCUCAUUGCGGUUGGAGUUCGGUGUUGGAAAGUUUGACUCAAGGAGUUCCGAUUGUUGCUUGGCCUCUUUAUGCGGAGCAGUGGAUGAAUGCCACGUUACUGACUGAGGAGAUCGGUGUGGCCGUUCGUACAUCGGAGUUACCAUCAGAGAGAGUCAUCGGACGGGAAGAAGUGGCAUCUCUGGUGAGAAAGAUUGUGGCGGAAGAGGAUGAAGAAGGACAGAGAAUUAGGGCUAAGGCUGAGGAGGUGAGGGUUAGUUCCGAACGAGCUUGGACUAAAGGUGGGUCGUCUCAUAGCUCUUUAUUUGAGUGGGCAAAAGGAUGUCGGCUUGUGUCGUCAUUGGAGAAUAUAUAACUUCAUGAUGAGCAACAUUAUCUGUUUGAAAUAUCGUCCAUUUUAUAUAAAUACAAAGGUGUGUGAUAAAUUUUGUUAUGCAUACAAAAAAUAUAUAUGUACUUAUAAAAAGAAACUUGCAUAUAUAAUGUCGUACGUCAAAUGAUGAUGAUUAGUUUGUAUAUACAUCAUUAGAGUGAAGUAAUCGUAUGGGAAUUUUCGGGA